UCAAACGCUAGUCAUCAUCUCUUAUCUGUUCUCAAUAUAUAGUAGAGGUUUCUGAAACACGAAUAGACACAAUAUUAAAGCUCUCUCAGACUCCCAUGGCUCUCUCUCCAACUCUGUCUCACAACUCAUUCUCAUCCUUCUCUCCCUUCCCACAGACUUUGAGAAGAAGCCCUCUUCACCUUUUGCCCAUUAGAGCCGUAAAAGCUGCUGCAGAACCAGAAAAGGAGAAACUCAAACAGGACAAAACUCCCAAAGAGUCUAGUUCCAAUGCUCAGCCUUCAAGUCCAAGCAAAGGCACAGCUACUCUUAAGCCUCCAAAGAAGCCUGUCUAUUCCAUGAAGAAGGGUCAGAUUGUGAGGGUGGACAAAGAGAAGUACCUAAAUAGUGUCAAUUAUCUAUCUGUUGGACAUCCACCUUAUUACAAAGGGCUGGACUAUAUUUAUGAAGACCGUGGUGAGGUAUUGGAUUUGCGCAUAUUUGAGACCGGAGAGUAUGCACUGAUAGCAUGGGUUGGGGUACCUACUGCACCGGCAUGGCUUCCAACAGACAUGCUCAUCAAGUCAGAGAAACUCGAUUAUGAGAGAUUGUGAUACAAGCAGGCAGGCAAGGAAGGCUUCAAAUGCAGGAGAGGAUCGUAAUGACUUGACAAUGCUGAGAAAUACUAGAACUCAACAUCUGAAACCUUUCUGUACAUUUGUCAAAAAAAAAAUUAUAGCCUUAUCACCAUUUUGCAAUGUUUGUUGUAAUUCUGUGAAGAAGAAAAAAAUCAAUGUAAUUUAUUUAAUUGAGCAGUCAAGCAGACCAAGAACACUGAUCA